CUCUCACAGUACAAAUCCAGAGAGGUCCAGAACUCUCCUGUCUGCUGUCAGCAACACCAUGAAGCCUGAAUGGAUCCACUCUUCUCUUUGGCUGUGGCUCCUCAUCUUUUCCAUGCUUUUCCACACACUUUCAGGUGGCAUAUUUUCUGAAAAUCUCAGCGAAGAACUAUGUGACAGUGGACAUCUUGGAGUAAGGAAAGACCUCUGCAACUAUCCUCCAGUAAGGGGGCACUGCAAGUCAAAUUUGUUCAGAUUCUACUACAACACUUUGACAUUUAAUUGUGAACCCUUCAUCUUCUCUGGCUGUGGAAGCAACAGAAACAACUUUAAACAUAAAUAUCUUUGUGAAAAAUUUUGUCUUCCUAAAAAGGACAGACAAGGUGGUGGAGAAUCAAGAAAAUAAUAUAACAGAAGACAGAAACAAAGAAGAGUAGUAUGAAAAAAAUAUGCUAAAGUUAAUCUCAGCAAAUAAAUUGGACAUUUCU